UCUGAAAAUUUUUCAGGGCAGAGGACGGCCAGAGGUGGUGAAGAAAGGGAGUAAGAGGAGGAGGCUCUGAAGACAACAGAGGGGACAGAGACGGAAACAGCGGGAUCAAGGAAGCACGGAACAGCAGCAUAGCACAGCAGCACAGCGCACAGCACCAUGGCAUUCACCAUUGUGAUCGACAACGACCUCCACUUCUCCCUGCUCGAGCUCGCAGCAAUCCUCGACCUGGAGCUGAAGUCCCAGGACCACCACUACAAGCCACUCUUCCAGAAGCUGCUUGACGAGAACAAGACGGCCGAAAUCGUGCAGCAGCUUGCAGAGGUGCAGAAGUACUUUCUCAGAAGCUUUUCGAAGAAGUCGUUUGAGCCAUCGGUGAACCUCUACAUCCACAUUGUGAACCUCGUUGCCGGGGAGGGAAGCGCCGGCAGAGCCACGCAGAUCGAGCUGCUCUCGGGCCUCAGGGCACAUAUUGACCCACACAGCCCGGAGAACGCAGAUGUGCUCUCCAGCUUGGAGGUGCCUGUCGACGUGAUCCUCGUGUGCCUCACCAACAUCUUCAACUCUCUUCCGGUCUCGUCGGCCGCCAGAGUCGACGCACUCGCCGCCAUCGUCGCCAUCGUCGUCAGCAAGAACGUCUCCGGCACCAUUGGAAACAUAGCCAAGCACACUGUGGAGUGGCUCUCCUCCGUCGAGGGCGCCGACGCAGCCAAGGUCUCCGGCUUGGUCACCGCCAUCUUCAACCAGUACGCCGCAGAGGACGAACAGAACGCCAUCCGGUUCCUCCAGGGGGUGAUAGCCAGCAACAAGAUACCGCUGGACUCUGCCGCCCUCGUGAACUUCUUUGCCAACCUCCUCAGCAGCACCGACAUCUACGACAUAUCGAAGUACGAGAAUGCGUUCGACUCCACCAGCGACGCCUCCUUCUCCAAAUUGUUGAAGCUUUACGUGACAGGCGACAACAAAUCAUACUCCGCCGCCAAACAGGAAUUCCUUUCAGCUUCAUUUGCGAGCCAAAUCAACUUUGCUAACCUAGAUUCAAACUUCCAAUCUCUCGCCAUCCUCAACUACUUGGCAUCUUCCGUCUCCGACUCGAACACCUUCUCAUACAAUACCAUUGCCCAAGACUUGGGCAUCUCGAUAGACGACGUUGAAUUGAAAUUGAUUACCUUGAUCUCCCAAGGCCUCAUCGCCGCCAAGCUGUCGCAGUCAACAGGCUCCGUCGUCUUAAACUCAAUCAACUACUCUGCUCCUUCUUUGUCCACCAAGACAGAAUUAGUCAACUGGAACGAAAUCGACACUCUCUUAGGCUCCUGGAGCGAAAACGUUGCAAAUUUACAGUCCAUCGUGCAAACCUUGAUAGUCAAGAGAGGAAAGAGAGUCAAUGCUCCUCCUGUCAUCAUGUCUUUCCACCAACAGAAAUUGGAAGCAAAGGAGGCUAGAGAGAAGAAGGCGCAACAGGCCAACAAUUCUGAAGCUUCCACUGCCACCACCGAUACUGCAGAAACCGUUGCAUCUUUUGAUGGUGCAGAAACCGAAGCUGAAGCCGAGAAAGUCGAAGCUGCUUAAGCUUCAUCCAUUAUAUACACUUUGUCAUAUAUAUUCACCUAUAUAUAUAACUCUUUCACUCUAUACUCUUCAUGACCUCGU